AUGCGGCCAACGCGUUUUGUGGGCGGCCGGCCACCGCCGGUGAUUGGGCAGACACGCAAGGCUCGUUUCGCGGGUAUCGACGACAACCCUGCGAUUACGUUCAGGCCGUGGGAUACGAGCGAGCCACUCAUGGCGGACUACGGGUGGCAGCGAGGUCAGCUGCCAAAGUUCCGCGCCCGCAGCCCUUUCCACCGGCAACAAGUCGCCCGCCGCAUGGUGACGGAGAUGAUACGAAAGGAUUACUGCAUUGUAGGCGGGGCUCGCGCCCCCGCACUGCGCAUUUUGGCCGACCACGUCGUGGACCUUUCCAAGGCCGGCGACACCGACUCACGGCAGCAGCUCGCAUAUUUUUUGCACGACCCGCUGAUGGUAGACAAGGCGUUUGACGAGUACCCGCGGCGCUUUAGAGACAUGCAUGGGAAGUAUGCCAUGAUGACGCGACUUAAGACUCGUCGCCGCACGGAUGGCGUGGCGAUGUACUUUGUGGAGUACAAGAACCGUGAUAUGAGUGACAACCACAAGGGGGAGGACUACACAACAGGGCCGGAGCGAUUUUUUCUGCCCCCGCGUAUCGUUGAGACCGAGAAGGGCAUCCAACGUCCACCACACAUGCAGAUGGCGUUUGACCGGUGGGCGAGUAAAUUCAAAACCGAGGAGUUUCAUCAUUGGUGGCGGCUUCGUCAUGCGAAGAUGCGUUUCUGGGGUGUGCGCAAUGUCCCGCAUCCCAGUGAUGUGGACCCGUUGUGGACGGAGAAGGAGGAGGAGGAGUGGCACAAUGAGAUGCUUGCCAAUACUGGCGACUUUGAGGACUUGGACCUUGAAGACGACAGCUUCAGUGCAGCCGGCGAGGGCGGUGAACCGUUGGCUGAGGGGGCUGCUCAUAAACCGCAGCAAAGUGCGUAA